UAUUGAGGAGAGAAAAACGCCGUUGUUUAUGAUGAAGCAUCAUACCCCAUACCCCACCUGAAAAUUCUCUACAGCACUCGUUCUCUUUCUCCUUCGUUUCUGCCUCCUCCUUCUGUCAAUUGUGGUAAAAGGACACCAUCACGACUGCCCCAAAGCUCUAAUAACUCGGAAGAAGAUCAGAGGAGGGAGAACCAAUUGAAAUUAAAGCUAGCAAGAGGAGACCAUCCAUCCAGAGAUGAAAAGCAAUGUGGUCAAAACAAGAAGACAGAAAGCCAGGCGCGGCCUUAAAUCCCUGGGCUUCGCCCUGAUCUUCCCCCUUUCUCUCACGCUCCUAGACAUAACCCUCUUCGGGUCCAGCCACCUGUACAGGACCAUGGAGAAGCCCUUCUGGUUCCCGCGCCUCUGGGCCCUCCACUUGUCCUGCCUAGGCUCCGCGUUUCUGAUGGGGCUGUCCGCGUGGCUCGUCUGGGCCGAGGGCGGCUUUCAUCGCCACCCCGUCGCCAUGCUUUUGUACGUCUGCCAACUCGGCCUCAGCCUGGCCUGGGACCCGGUCGUGUUCAAGGCCGAAGCCACUCGGAUUGGGAUGGCCCUGUGCGUUGCCUUGUUUGGCUCCUUGCUUGGCUGCUCCAUGGUGUUCAAGAACGUCAACCCCAUCGCUGCCGACCUGGUGAAACCAUGUCUAGGCUCGGCCCUCCUCCUGGCCGUCGCAAAUCUUAAACUUGUAUAUAUCUCUGAAGGAUAGAUGCAUAACCAUCCAUAAUCAUGGAUUUGAAACCAAGAAAUUGUUAGAUUCUAUGUAUUGUAAUCAUAGUAUAUGUUAUUGUAUAAAUAUGUCAAAAUGCAGCAAACAAUUCUGAGUAGAGCUUCUUCAAUGAUGGUUUUAUGACUACGGCAGUGGGUCAACGAGCCAACAUAAUCCGUUGGAUCAAGAAAAGAUAAAUAAUGAAACAGAACAAAAAUAAAGAGACAAUACUUUUUAUGUAGAAA